CAUGUUUUGUUUUGUUUUGUUUUUCCCACCUCUGCUCUGCACGCUAAUGCACCGUCAGAACAAACGGGCUGCACCGAGCAAAGAUCAACACACAGGAGGGGAGGUGGAGAGGAGUGGGGCUGCCUGCUAGAGGAGCCCACGUGUUCCCCUUUUUUCUCUUAUUCCUUACUGCUCCUGGAGGACUGGAGUGAAUGAGGAGCAUCACCCUGCUGCAGACCCCCACAGCCUGAAGCCGUUCUGCCAAAUCUGCGACCAUGUCUGGAGCCUACGACGAGUACACCAGCCAGGAGGAGACCACGGACAGUUUCUGGGAGGUUGGGAACUACAAACGCACAGUGAAGCGCAUCGAUGAUGGCCAUCGACUCUGCAAUGACCUGAUGAACUGCAUCCAGGAGCGUGCCAAAAUUGAGAAGGCUUACGCGCAGCAGCUGACAGAGUGGUCCAAGAGAUGGAGGCAGCUGGUAGAUAAAGGUCCUCAGUACGGCUCAGUGGAGCAAGCCUGGAUGGCGAUGAUGGCCGAAACCGAAAAGGUGAGCGAGCUUCACCAGGAGGUGAAGAACAACCUCGUCAGCGAAGACUUUGAGAAGGUGAAGAACUGGCAAAAAGACUCGUACCACAAACAGAUGAUGGGAGGAUUCAAGGAGACCAAAGAGGCAGAGGAAGGCUUUAAGAAGGCCCAGAAACCCUGGGCCAAGAAGCUGAAAGAGGUGGAGGUUGCUAAGAAGUCGUACCACAUGGCCUGUAAGGAGGAGAAGCUGGCCGCCACCCGGGAGGCCAACAGCAAAGGAGAGACCUCGACGCCUGCCGAGCAGAAGAAACUUCAGGAAAAGCUGGAGAAAUGCAAACAGGACUCCCAGAAGGCGAAGGAGAAGUACGAGAAGGCUCUGGAGGAGCUGAGCAAGUGCACCCCUCAGUACACGGAAAGCAUGGAGCWGGUGUUCGACCAGUGUCAGCAGUUUGAGGAGAAGAGGCUGAGCUUCCUCAGAGAGAUGCUGAUGGACAUCAAACGCCACCUGAACCUCACAGAGAACCAAAGUUAUGCUACAAUAUACAGAGAUCUUGAACGGACCAUCACCUCAGCCUCUCCUCAGGAAGACCUGAAGUGGUUCAGCAACGUCCACGGCCCCGGCAUGCACAUGAACUGGCCAAAAUUUGAGGAGUACAACCCAGACCUUAGCCAUAACAUCACCAAGAAGUCAAAGAAGUUAGGGGAUGAAGUCAUGCUGACUAACAUCAAGGCACCGGGCAGCAACGCUCAGUCUGGAGACCGGGGGAGUGUGAGCAGCUAUGAGAAGAACCAGGCGUACACGGCCUCCACAGAGUGGUCGGACGACGAACAGAAGGGCUCCAACUCGGGCAGCGACACGAACGGAGGGCCGAACCCUUUUUAUGAAGGCGAAGGSGAAGGCGUGAGGGUCAAAGCAUUGUACGACUACGAUGGCCAGGAGCAGGACGAGCUCAGCUUCAGAGCAGGUGAUUUUCUGAUGAAGCUGGAAGAUGAGGACGAUCAGGGCUGGUGCAAAGGUCGCCUGGACAACGGCCAGCUGGGUCUUUACCCGGCUAAUUACGUGGAGCCGAUCUAAGCGGUCCAGCCGAGGACGCUAAAACACAAACUGGRCCGUCCGCUCGUACCUGCACAUUGCCAGAGAUUACAAAGCAAAGCUUCCUCUUCCUGUCGGGCCACAGUGAGCCGUCUCUCGCCUUCAUCAAGAAGAAAAACCCGCUCUUCUCCAGAAACUGCAACUGAAGUCGUAGCUGCGUUUGUCAUCAGUUGUGAUGCUGACAUGACAUUUUCUUUCAACACAACAUUGAUGUGGCAUCAUAAGUUGCAAAAAAAUGAACUUCUUUUCAUGUGUUUUAAUCUCUUUAUUUUUUAUUGUCUGGAUGCGUGUACAGUUUGUUUUCUCAUUGAAGUCCAUGUUUUCUUCUUUAGCGCUUACAGUACAUGUUUAGCCUCGGAAGAGUAAUUUGGAAGUCUUGGGAAAUUAUUUAUUUUUUAUCUUGUGAGUUCGAUUUCACAGCUGCAARAAUGCACAGAGCUACAGUCUGCAGGUGGUUUGCUUAGCUCAACAAAACAGGCAGUGAGACACUUUCCAGCCACUCCAUUACAUUAGUUUGAGCUCUUUUAUUUUCGUAUUUACCACCUGGGACAUCAUCUGUUUUAUUUAUCCAACGUAAUGGUAGUUUUUCUAUACUUUUGUUAACAAACUGUAAAGAAAUGGGAAAAAAUCUCAGCAGAGGUUUCCUGGAGAGCAUUCAGGCUCAGAAACCACCUCACAUCCUGGUUGUGAUAUUUGCUCAGAUGAGCUUUUGUUUUAAUCUUCACAUCUAACUUUGAACAAACAAACAGUAAAAAAAAAAACACAUUUUUCUCUGAACUCCUGUCCCGUUCCACAGUCUGUGACUGAAUUAGCAUCUUAAAACGAGAUGAAAGACAGCCUGUCGUCAGUAAAUAAACCACACGGUUGCUCUCAGCGGGGCUCGUCUUUUGAAAAUGAAAUAUUUACUCAACAAAACGCUGCAAGGAGGAUUGUUUACAUUAACCUUCGCUGUCUUAUCCGUCUGCUACAAUGUGCCUGUUCUAUCUAUCAUUCCCCAUGUGUUUUCCUCCCUCUUUAUAAGUGUUGAGAAUGCAACCAUCAUGAGCACAAACUGCCUAAAAACAUCAAAUCAUUGCUGUUUUUUUUUCUUUUUUUUAUGAAGAUUCACUCCAUUUCCCAACCAGUUAAUUUACUUGUUUGUGCAGUUGAGUUUCCUCUGAGUGUCACGGCUCUCGCCUUUGUGGUUUUCUACAUACUGAUGCUCCCACUCACCGUUUACUGAACUGAUCCAGCACACGGCCUUGAUUUCUUCCCUCCUAAUUAUUGGCUGAAUCUCAGUUUAAUUAAAACUCUUACACUAUCCAGGUGAUGAUGAGCUGUUUCUCUGUGUACCCAAAUGCAGACUGGAUUGUUUGAAUAUAUUUGCUUCAAUCAGGAAAAAAAAAGUAAGCUGAGAGUGUUUAUAGAUGUAAAGGAUCGGUUUGCUCGCCGCUGAUUCUUCUGUCAGCGAGGCAGGCAGGYGGUGUUGGUGCAGGCAGAGGGAAAAGUUGCAGCGUUAGAAGCAGAAAGAGGAUCCGUCUUUGAAAUAUUGAUGAGAUAUUGGACUUUUUCUGCUGCAGGUGCAAAGUGAAAUUUUUACAGGAGGAAAACAUCUCCUGUGGCGCUGGCGGCUCCGUCAGCACUUCCUUCAGAGUCACUGACGCCACAUCAGAGACUUCUUMACCUUCAGCGACACAGACCCGACUCUGACCCAUUCGGAUCAGUUUACACCGACACAACUCCUUCAUUAACCGACUGAAUAUCUAAUAAUUGUAAAACCUCUGUUUUUAUGUCUGUUUGGGACUGGAUUCAUGUUGCGUCGUCUGUGAAAACUUUCAGAGGGCUUCUCUGUUUUUUUUAUUGUUUUAGCUUAGAGCUGUCAUUUCCAAACUGUAGUGCCUGUUCUGUAUCAGCAACUAAUAAAACAAAACAUCAUCUGGAAAUUAA